CGAAGCGACCGCCCUCCUUUUCAAAAAAACAGAAGAAACCCUACCCCUCUUAUCUCCCUCAUCUCUUCGCAGCUGAAAAACAAAAAACACACAAGAGAAGAGAACCCUGCGCUGCUACUCAAAACUCAAAAAAGGGUACCGUAGGAGCCAACCAAAAACAACCCUAGCUUCUUCAAUUUUUUCUAGCUGCUUAUUUUCUCGGCGUCAUAGAGAAUGGAUCGGUACCAGAGGGUAGAGAAGCCAAGAACCGAAACACCGAUUAAUGAGAAUGAGAUUCGCAUCACUACUCAAGGAAGAAUGAGGAACUACAUUACUUAUGCCACUACGCUCUUUCUGGAGAAAGGAUCUGAUGGAAUCUCUCUCAAGGCCAUGGGCAGAGCCAUAAACAAGACUGUGAUGAUUGCUGAAUUGAUUAAGAGAAGGAUUGCUGGUCUUCAUCAGAAUACAUCCAUUGGUUCUAAUGAUAUAACUGACACGUGGGAGCCACUAGAGGAGGGUCUUCUCCCCUUGGAAACCACUCGUCAUGUGUCGGUGAUAACAAUUACUCUAUCCAAGAAGGAACUGGAUACAUCCUCCACAGGCUACCAAUCGCCUAUUCCAGCUGAUCAAGUGAAACCAUUGGCUGAAUAUGAUUAUGAAGGAGAGGGGGGCUCUCCUCGUAGGCAGGGGAGAGGGCGUGGUGGUCGAGGAAUGGCAAGAGGUAGAGGAAAUACUAGUAAUGGAGUGGAGUACAAUGGAGAUGGUGGCUGGGAUGGUGGGCGUGGAUAUGGUGGCAGGGGGAGAGGUCGUGGAAGAGGACGGGGUUAUCGUGGUCGUGGAAGAGGUUAUGGUGGUGGAUAUAUGCCACAACAGUCAGGUGGCUAUAAUGACUAUGGUGGCGGAGCAUUUGUUGGCCAGGGCCGUGGGAGAGGACGAGGCAGGGGCAGGGGUCGUGGGCGUGGCCGGGGUUUCAGACCAGAUGGCCCAGCCCAGGCAGCUGAGUGAGCCCUAGUCUCGGUUGUAGAAUUUGGUUAGAAUGGAUGCCUGCUCUGUUUAUUUUGCCUUAUUCUAAGUGAAAUAGAAAUUAAACAGUGGAUUUCACUAAUUAAUUUCCAGGCAUGUUAGUUAUAGUAAGCUCCUGUUCAUCAUGCGUGGUGGCCUUGUUUUUGUAGUUUGAAGGUAGGAUUAUUUUUGUUUACCGCUUCUGACAAAAACCAAAAAAGUUGUAUACUUUCUUCUCGUGUAGGGAAUAAUAGAGCAGUACAUUCUUCUAGUUCCA